CUAAUGUUGUGCUGGUGUUGAGUUGCUAGGCAACAUGUAAGUCAUCGGAUGACGGCGGCCUUGGGCGGGAAAGCUAGAGUGACGGCUGGAGCCGUGUUGUACGGAGCAGUCCCGGCGGCUCUGCCCUGUGUGAGCCCUCCUGCCAUGGCCGCCCCUCAGGAUGCGGCGGUGACGGUUAGCGGCUCGGUCCAGAAAUUCGUCACCAAGAAGAAGAAGGUGCUGAAUACGGAGGAGGCUGAGCUGUACGAGCUGGCGCAGGCGGCCGGGAUUAUCAUGGACCAGGAGGUCUUUAAAAUCCUUGUGGAUUUACUAAAGAUGAAUGUGGCUCCUUUGGCUGUUUUUCAAAUGCUGAAGUCAAUGUGUGCUGGACACAGACUCACAGAUUCUGUGUCUAGUGAGACAAGUUCUCCAUCGAUACAGGCAACACAUACAGAAACCAGAGAGCUCCCAUUUCUCUCGGUCAAGAGCAGUAAAAUUCCUGCACCACUCUGCUUUUCCUCUUCUGCCCUUCGAGCUCCAAGAAUUAAAGGCGCUAAGAUUGUGAUCUACAGCCCUGUUGAUGCUUGUUCACCACUUUCUCAAGGUCCCCCUGGCUCCUUCCAGCUUUCAUGCUGCCUGUUCUCUCCAUUCGCAGGAAAACACAAACUGAACCCUCCUCCAAGUGCAAGUCAAGGACAAAGUGAACGCAGCAGCAGAGAAGGUUCAAGUCAGAGAGUGCCUCGCCAACCAAGUGCCAGCCGCAUGCAGAAGAGCAGCAGCUCAGGAAAAAGCAGCGGAGGGAGCAGUACAUAGCAGCUCUUGUCGUGGUCUGUGUUACUGCGGGUAUCACAGUGCAGACAUUGACACUGUGUCUACUCAUGCUUUAUCGAAUGCUGCUGCUCCAUCUCUCAGUGACCUCAUCAGAGUGUUAGCCGAUACAAGCUACCUUUCCUCUACAUGGAUCAUUCCCUGAAUGUAAUAGGCCUGGCAUUUCUGCAGAGACUAAUGCUAUAGAUCAUUUUUCUUUCUGAUA